CAGAACGAACCACAAGUUUGUAAUCGUGAAUGCGAGUCACGAGUAUAAGAGGCGAUCGCCAACGUGGGACCUUGCUCACCUAUAAGACUGAUCCCCACUCCCACCUCCUCUCUGACCGAUCUCGCACUGCCUGCCAUCUCCAAGGAACGCCGGUCGUUCCGCACAUCUCCCUCGUCACCUUGGCACCCCGUCACCUCGCGCCCCCGGUCUGGCACCGGUCAUCAGCACAUCGCGCCAAAUCGCAAAUUGCGUCCUCUCCGCUCCCAUCCACGUUCAUUAUGCGCUUCUCCUCAGCUACAUUUUCUGUCUGUGCCGCGGCAGCCCUGUUGGGCGGCGCAUCUGCUGCUUCGAAUUAUGCCGGUUCAGCACCGGAGAGCAGCAUCGCCGUGCUCCUAUCGAGGUCUGGCGGUGCAAUCGCAAAGCUAGAAAUGCGUUCUUCUUCAUUCGCCUCUUCCGGUGGAGGAUUCCCCUGGGGUUCAGACAAAGGAAUCGUCUCGAACACCGAAUCGCACUCCACCAGCAUCGGAGAUUCGACCAUCACGUCCAGUAGCACGUCCAAUUCCUCCAACGACGACGACAAGUCCUCCGCUUGCAAGGACGACGGGAGCGUCAUGAAGACGGGCAACGCGGUCAUUUCUUCGUGCAACGGCAAGGACAGCAUGACCGUUGGCGGUGUCACCUUCUCAGACACCGACAACGACGACGAUGAUGAGAAAGACAAGAAAGGUGACCACAAGAACGACGCGUCUGCGCAGACUCAGUCCACCUUGCUAGCUCUGGUCGCCGUCGCAUUUCCCAUCAUCGCCUUUGCAUAGACGUUUCGCUCUUCUCUCUCCUCACCGCCGUUUCACGAUUUGGCACAGUACGACAUAGCAAUGACAUGUCGCAGUCCAGUGAUGUGCUGGCAGAUAUUCCUAGUCGAGCACGCGAAAGGAGAUGGGUAGUUUGGUUAUUGAUACAAAGCGCGGCGAGCCUCCGGCGCAGAAUAGCUAGUGGGAGAAGCCCAUCUGAGAUUCUCGUGCUCGAUCCUUGUUGAGCUUUGACUCCAACUUGGCGAAUUCGUCCAAUGCAAUCUCCUCU